AUGGCUAAUAUCCUCUCCCGGCCGGAGAGUCGGACAAAGCGCAGCGAUGACGAGUCUCGACUGCAAGAUCCCUUCGCAGAGCCGCUGAAGCGGCGACUCAAGUCGCGGCAUCUACAGAUGAUUGCAAUUGGAGGAAUCAUCGGUCCUGGUCUACUAGUCAGCUCAGGAAAUGCAUUACACGAAGGUGGUCCAGCAGGCUCUCUGAUCAGUUUCUCUCUCGUCGGACUAAUCGUGUUCUUCGUGAUGCAAUCUCUGGGCGAAAUGGCGACUGUGAUUCCCGUCACAGGUCAUUUACUGAAUAUGCAGAGCGGUUUAUCGAUGAUUCUAUUGCAUUUGCGUUGGGAUGGGCAUAUUGGUAUCUAUGGGUUACGAAUCAAAGUAAUUGCUUUGAUUGUAUUCUUCAUUCUCGCCAUCUGCAUCAGUUCUGGGGGUAUCGGUCCCGAGAAAAUCGGGUUCAAGUACUGGCAUAACCCCGGCGCAUUCGCAGACUCUAUCAAUGGAGUCGCCAAGACAUUUGUCGUGGCAGGCACUUUAUAUGCAGGCACGGAGAUGGUGGGAAUCACGGCUGGAGAGUCGAAGAAUCCCGAACAGGCCGUUCCUCGAGCUAUCAAGCAGGUCUUCUGGCGAAUCCUCAUAUUUUACAUUGGCACCAUAUUCUUCAUUGGCAUUCUGAUUCCAUACAACGACCACAGAUUGUUAGGAUCCACUUCUAAAACCGCCAGUUCCCCUCUAACCAUCGCCCUUCAAGACGCUGGGAUCCUACCAGCGGCUCACCUCAUCAACGCCUUGAUAGUGAUUAGCGUCAUUUCUGCCGGAAACAGCUCUCUCUAUGUAGCAUCCCGGACCCUCCUGUUCAUGUCACGCAAUGGCAAAGCCCCCAAAUUCAUCGGGCGCGCCAACCGCGCCGGCGUGCCCUGGGUCGGUCUCAUUUUCACUAACGUAUUCGCUUGCAUCGUCUUCCUGGGACAGUCUUCUAGUGCUGGCACAGCUUACUCUGCCCUUAUUACGUUGUCCGGGGUGGCUACAUUUAUCGUCUGGGCUGUUAUUGGGGUCUGCCACAUUCGUUUCCGUCGUGCCUUGGUUGCACAGGGCGAAGACCCAGCGACACUUCCUUACCGAGCUGCACUAUACCCCUAUGGAACAUAUUUCUCACUAGCAGCGAAUAUCUUCCUCAUUUUCUUCCAGGGAUACACGUGCUUCUUGAACCCGUUCAGUUCGACCGAUUUCGUGAUCAACUACAUCCUUCUCCCCGUAUUCGUGCUAUUCGUCGUCGUGUACAAAGUCUGGAACAAGACUCGCUGGGUGAAACUGGAGGAAAUGGAUAUGUGGACUGGCAGGAGAGAAUUCGCUGAACAAGAAACCCAACCAGCCAAGCCCCGGCAGUGGUGGUCUCGCAUUCGCGAUAUUGUUGUUGGGUAA